AUGGCCACCAAACAGACCGAGCCUGUAACCACUAUUGGCCUUGAAGAACUGAGUCCAGAAUCCUCAGAGCCACAAAAAGAGUCAAAGACAUUCACAGUAGAAGAGGCUGUGGAGACCAUUGGAUUUGGACGGUUUCACAUAGCACUGUUUCUAAUUAUGGGCAGCACAGGGGUUGCUGAAGCCAUGGAGAUCAUGUUGAUUGCUGUUGUGUCUCCUGUUAUCCGCUGUGAAUGGCAUCUGGAGAACUGGCAAGUGGCUUUGGUGACCACAAUGGUGUUUUUUGGCUACAUGGUGUUCAGCAUCCUAUUUGGCUUCUUAGCUGACAGAUAUGGUCGCUGGAAGAUUUUGCUGAUCUCUUUCCUCUGGGGUGCAUAUUUUUCCCUCUUGACCUCUUUUUCCCCAUCAUACAUCUGGUUUGUUUUUCUGCGUACGAUGGUGGGCUGUGGUGUGUCUGGACAUUCCCAAGGGCUUAUCAUAAAAACAGAAUUUUUGCCAACAAAAUACAGAGGCUAUAUGCUACCCUUAUCUCAGGUUUUCUGGCUUGCAGGCUCCCUGCUUAUCAUUGGGUUGGCAUCAGUGAUCAAUCCAACCAUUGGCUGGCGUUGGCUUAUCCGUAUUGCCUCCAUUCCUGGCAUCAUACUCAUCCUGGUCUUCAAGUUCAUUCCCGAGUCGGCUCGAUUUAACGUCUCCACUGGGAACACCCAGGCUGCUGUGGCCACUUUGGAACGCAUCGCCCGAAUGAACCGCUCUGUCAUGCCGGAGGGAAAGCUGGUGGAACCCGCCUCGGAAAAAAGAGGAAGAUUUACAGAUCUACUGGAUGCCAAAUACCUACGGACAACUUUGCAGAUCUGGGUCAUAUGGCUCGGAAUCUCUUUUGCAUAUUAUGGGGUCAUCCUGGCUAGUGCUGAGUUACUGGAGCGAGACUUGGUUUGUGGCUCCCAAACUGAGACAGAGAUGGUGGUGAGCGGAGACUCGGAGGAGAGCAGGAGCCCUUGUCAUUGCCACUUGUUUGCUCCCUCUGACUACAAGACCAUGAUUAUCAGUACGCUGGGAGAGAUUGCACUAAAUCCUUUAAAUAUCCUGGGCAUCAAUUUCCUGGGAAGACGGAUCAGCCUUUCUAUCACCAUGGGAUGUACAGCUUUAUUCUUUCUGCUGCUUAAUAUUUGCACUUCAAGUACAGGCCUGAUUGGCUUCCUCUUCAUGCUGAGGGCCCUGGUGUCAGCAAAUUUCAAUACCAUCUAUAUCUAUACUGCUGAGGUCUAUCCCACCUCCAUGCGAGCUCUGGGGAUGGGAAUAAGCGGCUCCCUGUGUCGGAUUGGCGCCAUGGUGGCUCCAUUUAUUUCCCAGGUUCUUAUGAGCGCAUCAUUUCUGGGAGCCUUAUGUCUUUUCUCAUCUGUCUGCGUUGUGUGUGCCAUUUCUGCAUUCACGCUUCCCAUUGAGACUAAAGGAAGGGCUCUUCAGCAAGCAAAAUGAAGACAUGCAAAUGAUGACCAAAUGGAGAAGUAUAUUUUAUUCUUCACAAACAUGUUCUUGAGGUAGUUUUGUUUUACCCUCUCCCUAUUCCUACAAUUUAUUUUGAAUUCACUUCUGGAAAAUGCUGUGUCACUAAGGAACAAUUCUUUAUGGAUUUGAGAGGUAGCUUGCCUUACUGGGACACUUCUUCCCAAGAUUCAAUAAAUAUUUGUUACAUUGUCCAAAAAGUCUCUUCUUAUCCUAGCAGGUGUCAGAACCAAAAAGCUCCAGAGAUAUUUGUUGCCUCUUUGGACUUCUACAAGUUUCAUUCCAUGCCUUGUGUGAAUGAGGUGCCCAAUAAAUGCAUGAGUGAGUCUUAGGAAAAAAAGGACUUCAGAUUGUACUUUAUGCCUGGGAAAGGUUGUAUACGCAUUUUUUUUGUGAGUAAUCUUGACCCUGGAGGAAGUAAUUUUACUUUGCUGAUUUUAAUUUUCUUAUCUUUCAGAUGAGGUAUUUGGAUUAGAUGACAUCAAGUUACUUUCAUGCUGAAUGUCAUCAAUAUACACACAAAUUUGGGAAUUAUACAUCAUGACUUUAAAGUCUGGAUUUCUUCUGAUGUUUUAUUUUAUCCAAAUCAUUAGAAAACCCAUUGGAGUCAUAUUUAUACUGUUACCAACUGGAAACUAAAUGGUAAUGAGGGAAAAGCAUUAUCUCUAGAGGCAGAAGAACUGAAUACAAUCCUGGGUUCUGUCACUUAAUUUUCAAGCUCUCUGAGUCUUAUUUUCCUUAUCUAUAAAAUGAAGAUGUUAGAAGGUUAUGUAGAAGGACAGAGAGGUGGAGGUGGCUCAGUGGAUAAAGCCAGGCCUAGA